CAUUUCUCUAGCGUACCCCUUUGGCGCUUCAUUGCCGCGUGGACACCAUGCUGCUGCUAGCCAAGCUGCAGCGCUACGGUCGUCGAGAGUACGCUGUGGCUCUGCUGUGCUUCUCCCUCUUCCUCACUGUACGUGCUGCUUUCACUAUCUUCAUUUACUCGCGUAGCCUCUUGAAAAAGACGACGUAAUUUACCAUUCUGCGUUGUUUAUUUUAUUAGAUAAUCGGCCAGCUACAAGUUCUCCCUGUGCUGUUUGUGUUGUGUAUACCCGUAAUUGUCUUCUUCCGAUGGGUGUUUCGCCAACAACAGCAUCAUGGCGUCACAGAUCGUGAGAUUGAACAGCUUUUUAGGACGUUCCUGGGCGGGCCCAUUAUGCUUCCAGUGCUGGCCUUAGUUGGCCAACUGACUUUGGGUCCGUUGCUGGCCUCUUUGUGCUUUUUCGACCAACGAACCUCCAUAUUGAACCAACUGCACAAGUAUUUCCACGCUCCAGGCGACGGCCGACCAGCUCCAGUUCAUAACAUGAAACUAGGCAAGAUGCUGAUGAGUUUGAAGGUCGACAAGACUGUCGGCUACUUUUUGUUCCUCUUCUGCUUCGCUUUUAUCGUGGCUGGACUAGUGGAGGAGUUUUUGAAGUACUGGGUCGUUCAGGGAACCUGCUGUUGUGGAAGUUCAAGACGUGGAUGCUGCAUUCGUAGCUUAUGUUGUUGCUGUAAAGCCAAGAGCGGGUCUGCGCCUGCUUUUUCAGUACUGAAGCAGCGACAACAACGACAUGGAGCACUGCGAGGAAUGAUGUGUCAUCCCAGUCGCCUGCUCUUCUAUCACCGCCCGCAUGCCAACCACGCGUUCGUGGUGUUUCUCGCAGUAGUCGCUGGUGCACUGGGCUUUUCCGUGAUGGAAACAUCGGCCUUCUCGCUGUUAGCUCCUACUUUUCGCGACAAGAUCGAAACUGCAGUGUUGCGUGGUAUCUCGAGCGUACCAUUGCACUGUAUAUGUGGUGGAAUAACCGGUGUACGUAUGGCCGAACGACUGCUUGCCCAUCGGCAGGGUGGCAGCGAACAGAGAGGCACCAAUGCUGCUAAAGCGGACCUAGGACGUUGGCGUACGAAGAUGACAGUAAUCCUCCCGGCUGUCCUCAUUCACGGCACGUUUGACAUGCAGCUCUUCCUAUUGAUGGCACUGGUGACCCCUAAAAUGGAGGCUGCACAUCGGGCACUCUACCAUGUUGUCCUUCCUACGAUCCUCUGCUCGAUGGUUCUGCUUGCAAGCUUCGUUUACCUCCGUCGAAAGUUGCAUGCCAUGGAGAACAAAAUGAAUGAGACACGGUAUAUGCACGUAGCUGUUGAUCUGGAAUCUGGACAGCGGUUGGGAGCAGUGAAUGGAGGCUUUGAGAUGGAAUUCUUUGGCAACGAUGAUGAUGAUAGUGACACCGAGAACGAAGCUACAUCUCAAGCGGAGAACCGCAAGGUUCGAUCGGUAUUCGACAUGUAACAAGUUUUCCAACAUAACACGAGUGAUGUUCAUUCAAAGUCUGGCGUAUAAGUCUUAGUCGAUGUAGUAUCAAGCUUCCUGAGAUGAUUCGCUCAAGUAUAAUUAUUUCCAGGGAUCGAGCCUUAAUCGCUGCCCUAAUCUAAAAUACCUUACCUAAGUUUGUUGGAUCUAAUAUUAGGCAUGUAUUUAUACUACCAGAUCAGAACGUGAAGACCCGUUGACCAGCAGAGGAC